UAACCCACUGUCUGUCACUCCGCCGAGACAAACUGCAGGAAGGAUUUCUAGCCUUUCGCCGCUCCGUGUUUCAGCUCAUAUUUUCCCCAGCGCCUCGAAUGAAACGCAGUGGACUUCUUUUUGUGUAUUUUUGAACCAGAAGGAAAAAAAAAAGGAGGAAAAUGAUGCAGCAGCGGAGCAGGAUUCAAGUGUCACUAGUCUCCCCCUCGGAAUAACGCCAAAUGGAUGCUGUGCAGAGCGCCUCACCCCCUCACCAACUGCUAUGGAGGCAUGCCAAGCCAUGCAAGUGACCUUUAUCACACCAUGAACGCGAGCUGCAGCGCUCAAAGAGGACACAAGUAACCUUUUCUUGUUAUCUAAGAAGGAGCUGUUGAUCUGAAGCGAGGAGUUGGAAACGAGAGACCGAAACAAGAGAAGUAAAAACAAACAAACAAACAAACCAACCAAACACAAAACGACAGGAUGCCAAAGCGGUCCGAGGAGAUGUUCAUGGAUCUGUGGAUGUCCUUGCUGCUGCUGUGGAUUACUUGUGUUCCCUGCGUGUCUAUGACUCCUAUCACAGGCCAGUCCAAAAGUACACAAACUGGUGGGUCUGCGGUGGUGGCGAGCGGUCUUGGCGAAGGACAAAGAUUACUGAGCCGCGCCAAGAGAGGAUGGGUUUGGAAUCAAAUGUUUGUGCUGGAGGAAUUUUCUGGACCCGAUCCAAUUCUAGUUGGCAGGCUACACACUGACUUGGAUGUAGGCAACAAGAACAUCAAGUAUGUCCUCGCGGGUGAGGGAGCCGGCACAAUCUUCGCCAUCAAUGAGUUAACAGGCGACAUCCACGCUAUGAAGAGACUGGACCGUGAGGAGAAAGCAGAAUACACGCUAACAGCCCAGGUCAUUAACGCUGACACAGACGAGCCCUUGGAGCCGCCAUCUGAGUUCAUCAUCAAAGUCCAGGACAUUAACGACAAUCCACCGCAGUUCAUUGAAGGCCCAUACCGAGCUUCUGUUCCAGAGAUGUCUGCUGUCGGUACCCCCGUUACCCGGGUAACAGCUACAGAUGCUGAUGAUCCAGUGUAUGGGAACAGUGCCAAACUCGUCUACAGCAUACUGGAAGGACAACCAUAUUUCUCUAUAGACCCCAACUCAGCAACCAUAAAAGUUGCCCUCCACGGGAUGGACCGGGAGAUGAGGGAGGAGUACCUGGUGGUCAUUCAGGCGAAAGACAUGGGGGGCCACAUGGGCGGCUUGUCUGGAACAACGACUGUCACGGUCACGCUAACGGACAUCAAUGACAAUCCACCAAAAUUCUCUAAAAGUUUAUAUGAGUUUGUCAUCUCUGAAGACCUGCCAAUAGGGAAAAUGGGCGGCAAGGUGAAAGCAAACGAUAGAGACAUCGGCGAGAAUUCAAAGUCAACAUACAGCAUCGUGGAGGGGGAUGAACAGGGCAUGUUUGAGAUCAUCACAGACACGCAGGCACAAGAAGGGAUUCUCCGACUGAAAAAGCCUUUAGACUACGAGAGCAAGAGAGCCUUCACCCUGAAAGUGGAAGCCACCAACAUCCGCUCUGAGCCCAGCAGUGGUGGACCCUACAAGGACUCAGCUACAGUAAAAAUCGUGGUUGAAGACUCAGAUGAACCACCUGUCUUCUCCAAACCAGUGUACCAAUUAGAAGUGAAUGAGAACGCUCCCAUCAACACAGUCAUAGGGACUGUCACUGCCAGAGACCCGGACUCUUCUGGGAGCCAAGUCAGGUACUUCAUUGACCGGCACACAGAUCUGGAGAGGCAGUUCAACAUCAACGUGGACGAUGGGAAGAUCACAUUGGCCAGACCUUUGGACCGGGAGACAGACAUGUGGCACAACAUUACUGUAACGGCUACAGAAGUCAGAAACCACAGUCAGAUAUCGAGGGCGAUUGUGGCUAUCCGAGUGAUGGACAUUAACGACAACGCUCCUGAAUUCGCCACUGAAAAUGAGGCCGUUGUGUGUGAAAAUGGAAAACCUGGGCAGCUGAUUCAGAUUGUCAGCGCUGUGGACAAAGAUGACCCCAUCCAGGGCCACUACUUUCACUACCGUCUCAUCCCUGAGAUGCUCAACAACCCCAAUUUCACCAUCCAGAACAACAAUGACAAUUCAAUCAGCGUUCUGGCCAGGCACAAUACAUUCCGACGGCAGAAGCAGGAGAUGUACUUCCUGCCAAUCAUUGUGACCGACAAUGGGAAUCCACCGAUGAGCAGCACCAACACCUUGACUAUACGAGUCUGUGGGUGCAGUAAGGAUGGGGCGGUCCAGUCUUGCAAUGUGGAGGCAUAUGUCUUACCUAUCGGCCUGAGCAUGGGAGCACUCAUCGCCAUCUUAGCCUGCAUUAUACUCCUGCUAGUAAUAGUAGUACUAUUUGUGACCCUGAGGAGACACAAGAAUGAGCCGUUGAUAAUAAAGGAUGACGAAGAUGUGAGGGAGAAUAUCAUCCGCUACGAUGAUGAAGGAGGUGGUGAGGAGGACACCGAGGCCUUUGACAUAGCAACCCUGCAGAAUCCUGAUGGCAUCAAUGGCUACCUGCCACGCAAGGACAUCAAACCCGAUCUGCAGUUUAUGCCCCGGGCGGGACAGCACUCGGGCCCAAAUGGAGUGGAUGUAGAUGAAUUUAUCAAUGUACGACUCCACGAGGCAGACAAUGACCCCACUGCACCGCCUUAUGACUCCAUUCAGAUCUAUGGGUACGAGGGUCGGGGAUCCAUUGCAGGAUCCCUCAGCUCGCUGGAAACGGCGUCGUCAGACUCGGACCAGAACUAUGACUAUCUCAGAGAGUGGGGCCCACGUUUCAGAAGACUUGGGGAGCUCUACUCUGUGGGUGAGAGCGACCGUGAGACCUGACCUUUGCUAUCUUAAAAAACAAGACUUUUCCGAUUUUUUUUCUGUCCACAUACUUGUGUAUUAAACGCUAGGGGGUUUGCUGGCUUUUAGAAACUGGUGUUUAAAAAGAAAAAAAACAAUUGAUAACAAAGAAGGCCACCUUUUUGUAUUCUUCUUAGAGUGAGGUAUAGCAGUCGUCAUCCACUACUUCAAGCGCAUUGUAAUUGUUGAGCCAAACAAUGUCUUUCUUAGGAGAUCUAUGAUUCUUGUGGAGUGUAACUUAGAUUACAUUGUGGAGUGUCUAGCAGUAUUUUGGGUGUUAGUCAUUUGCUGUGACUGCCAGUAGCAGAAAAACCCUGGGAUUGCUGGUAGUGGCCAGAUGAAAGGAAAUAAUAAAUAUCGUCCGGUGCUCUGAAGCUUGAGCGGACAUCGUACUCCAUGGACGGCAAGCUGGACCUCAGAAGCUGCAGAGGAACUGCUGUUUCACGUCUCUGAAAGGCCUCCAAGCUGAGCAGUGAUCUAAAACAGAAUGACAAUGAAAAAGCAAUAUAUGGUCUACAUUACAAUGAUGAAUGUAUGUAUGAUUAGAAAAAAAGCAAAAAGACAAACCAUUAUUGGCUUUAAGUGAAUUUGUUAUCAUUUGAUAUCUUCUCUGGUGGCCACAUUUAUAAACUCUGAAGCCCAGAAAGGCUUGCUUUAUACAACUCUUUGUAUUUUCACGCUACAGGUGUGGGUCGCAAGUGUUACUAGCCUAUAAAAGACUGAAGUGAAGACAAAAAAGAGAAAUGUAGAAACUCUGAGGCCUUCUUUUUACAGAAGCAACAUUAAAUACACUUGUAAUCUACUGAUUUUUGACAAGAGUGCUGAUUCUUCAUUAUUGUUCUAUGAGUUUUUGUAUUUCUGUUCUUUACUCAUUUUUUUUCUGUGCUGACAAUUUGAAGUGAGUGUGUUUAGAUUAUUUCACGUUAUGCCGUUUUUUCAAACCACUUGAUCACUGUUUCAUAACAGCCAAACCAUAUCAAGAAUUUAUUGCAGUUGAUGAUUUAGACUAGAUGUAAGCAGGCAAAAGAGCUCCAAGAUACCGUGACAAUACAGAUGAUCUGAUAAAUUGGGACUGCAGGAAUGGGGCAUUUCUGACACUUGCUAAUCAGUGUAGAAUAUCUCAACAUAAUUUUGAGCUACUGACAGUCUCUGAGCACAAUCAUCCAAUUGAUAACUGAGUACAGGACUCCUACCAAACAUCCAAUCUCAUUUAGGAAACAAAGAUUGCAUCAAAAUUAAGACUCAAACGCAGACCAUGUGCAUAGUCCGCUUACACUGUAUGAUACCAAUAAAAAAGACUUGUACUGUACAUAGAGUUACUGCUAACGUCAUUAGCUUUCAAUGAGGUGGUAGGUUUUGUCUCUGCACGUUAGCUCUUGCACAUAAUGAUAAUUUCAAUGGCACUACAGCUGCGUGCAUACUCAGUUUGUACUGAUACAGUAUUAUGGCAGU